GGCCGGGCGCCCCCAUCUCAUUUCGGGGAGUCGGGGACCUGACCACCCCAAUCCGUUUCCUCAUCAAAUACGCCCACGCCACGCCACGGCGCGCGGCGCGGCGCGGCGCGCUACUACCCACAAUGGCGCUCACCUCCGCCACCACCGCCGCCGCCACGGUCUCCUCUCCCUCCCGAAUCAUCCGCCGCUUCGCUUCUUCUCCAGACUCUCGCGCCCCUUCCUCGCUCCUCCGUCUCGCCCCGCGCCGAGGAGCCGAGAAUUCCCCGCGCGCCUGUAGCUGGCACCGGCUCGUGGUGGUGCGCCGGAUGGACGGCAGGGCGCGAGCGCUCCUCGGCGGACUCUCGGACGCCGGAGGCAGUGAGAGCGACGAGGAAGAGGAGGAGGAGGAGCACGCCCUGCGAGGGGGCCAGCGGGAGGGCGAGGUCGACGACGCCGUGGCGCUCUCCGCGGCGGCCGUCGGGCCAGAGAGAUGGGACGUGCUGGGCCUCGGCCAGGCGAUGGUUGACUUCUCAGGGAUGGUGGAUGACGAGUUCCUUCAGAGAUUGAGCAUAGAGAAGGGCACGAGAAAGGUCAUAAACCAUGAGGAGAGGGGACGGGUCUUGCGUGCCAUGGAUGGGUGCAGCUACAAGGCUGCAGCUGGAGGCUCCCUGUCCAACUCGCUCGUGGCGCUGGCAAGGCUUGGUAGUAGCCAGUCUGCUGGCUACCCUGAGCUUAAAAUUGCUAUGGCCGGUAGUGUGGGCAGUGACCCACUAGGUAGUUUCUACAGGGCGAAGUUGCGCCGUGCUAAUGUGCACUUCUUGUCUAAGCCGGUCAAAGAUGGAACAACUGGAACUGUAAUUGUUCUAACAACGCCGGACGCACAGCGAACUAUGCUUGCGUAUCAGGGUACUUCGUCAACUCUGAGUUACGAUUCAGACUUGGCCAGUUUAGUGUCUAAAUCAAAUGUACUAAUUGUGGAAGGUUAUCUGUUUGAGCUACCUCAUACAAUUGAAGCUAUCAGGCAAGCGUGUGAAGAUGCUCACAAGAAUGGUGCACUCAUUGCUGUUACUGCAUCAGAUGUAUCUUGCAUCAAGCGUUGCUACAAUGACUUCCGGGAUAUUGUAGGAAACUAUGCAGAUAUACUGUUCGCCAACGCCAAUGAAGCAAGGGCCUUCUGCGAGCUACCCUCAACAGAGAGCCCCAUGUCAGCCACAAGAUACUUAAGCCACUCAGUUCCCCUAGUAUCCGUGACUGACGGCAUGCAUGGCUCCUACAUUGGGGUGAAAGGUGAAGCAAUAUACAUCCCUCCACCAUCCUGCAUACCCGUGGACACUUGUGGCGCUGGCGACGCAUAUGCUUCUGGGAUUCUGUACGGCAUCCUCCGGGGUGCUUCUGACCUGAAAGGCAUAGGACUACUGGCCUCGCGGGUAGCUGCUGUUGUCGUCGGGCAGCAAGGCACGCGCCUGCGGGUUCAGGAUGCCGACAGACUGGCUGAAUCGUUUGCGCAUCACCUGGAUAGCUUGGAGUUCUGCUCAGAUGUUUGAAUAGAUCACUUUGCAAACACGUCUGAUUGUAUCUGGUUUAGUCCAAGCCCUAGAAAUCUGUAUAUGUACAUACAUCUCUUCCCUUCUCAGUAGGUCUAGUACAUUUGUUGAGGGCAUUCAGCCGAGCUGGAUAAAGCUUGUUCGCCCAUUUGAUAUCCCUUUCCAUCCUUAGUUAUUGCCAUAAUUGGAAUUACAUAUAUUAUAUUUCAUUGGGCAUGGAAAAUACAAUGGUAUAGCUCAUUGUUUCCUGUUCUCA